UAUAUUUAUUAUCGGAUUCUUUGCUACACAGUGAGAAGUGGUGGUUGCAGUAGAAAUGAAGCAGAUAGGAGUCUUGUGUGUUGUAUCAUUGUGUGUUUAUCAAAUAUUAUGCUCCGACGAUGUUUGUGAAGGCAAUUGGGAUUACAGAAAUGAAAGCCGGCUUGGACCAGUUGAUUGGUUGAAAAUUUAUCCUCUCUGUGGCGGAAAUCAGCAAUCACCGAUCGGCAUUAGAGAUUCAAAACUUUCAACACCAAAAAAAGAAAACAAAAUCACGUUUGACAACUACAACGAGAAACCUAAAGCUGGAGAAUAUUAUACUAUAAGCAAUGAUGGACGCGCCCUGUUAUUUAAAUUUCCAAAGAAAACGAAAUAUUAUCUCAAAAAAGGGACUAAUACAUUUGUACCAACACAAGCUCGUAUGCACUUCGGCUCACGUUCGCUAAAGGGAUCAGAGCAUGUACUAAAUGGAAAGAUUUAUCGAGCGGAGAUACAUAUAUUUCAUCGGAAUAAAAAGCACCUUCCAAGUGCAGCAUUAAAACACAAAAAUGGAUUGCUUGUGGUUGGUGUAUUUGUUCGACUCAGUAGUGGAGAAAGAUCGUCUCCUAUCAUAGCCAAGUUUGCACGGCAUGCUCAAAGUGUAGCCCAACCAGGGAACAGUACGAAAGUUAAAGCUUUUCCAUUAAACAAAUUUUUUCCAUGUGAGGGCGAAUUAACAGUGACUCCAUACGUCAAUUAUCAGGGAUCAUUAACGACACCACCUUGUGCUGAAGUGGUCGACUGGGUCAUACUUUCUCGUCGCUCUCUCCGGAUUAAUAUCAGAGACUUGGAAUCGAUCCAUGACGUUCUUGAUUGUGACAGCCGUCCGUUAUAUGGGAAUUAUCGGCCAACUCAAGAAAGAAAUGGACGCAUUUUGUAUGGAGUGAACAUGUCUGAAGAUUAACUUCAUGAAAAUUCUGAUGUAUAUAUAUAAAUAUAUGUUAAAUAUGUGAUAAAAAUAUAUAAUUUAGAAUUGA